GAGGGGACGACUUCCGGUUUAUGGUGACGUCAUGACUGCAGCAUCUAGCCCCGCCCCCUCCACGGUCAAGGCAAAAUGGCGAGCAAGCAUUGCGAUGCCGCGAACAUGGACCCCGACAUAGAGCUGCUCAGCGACGAGGAAGUGGAACGGGAAGCAGAUGGCUACAAAGAGCAAGGCAACGCCUACUACAUCCAGAAGGAUUAUGCAGAAGCGUUCAAUUUUUACAGCAAGGCCAUCGACGUGUGUCCAAAGAAUGCCAGUUACUACGGAAACCGCGCAGCCACCUUGAUGAUGCUAAGUCGAUACCGCGAGGCUCUGGAGGAUUCCCAGCGAGCAGUGCGGCUGGAUAACGCCUUCAUGAAGGGUCACCUGCGAGAGGGGAGGUGCCACUUGUCCCUCGGCAACGCCAUGGCCGCCACUCGCUGUUUCCAGAGAGUUCUGGAGCUGGAGCCUGACAACAGCAAAGCCCAACAUGAGCUGAAGAACGCUGAAUCGGUCUUGGAGUACGAGAAAAUGGCGGAGAUCGGGUUCGACAAGAGAGACUACCGCAUGGUGGUCUUCUGCAUGGACCGAGCCUUGGAGUCAGCAUCUGCCUGCCAUCGCUUUAAAAUACUGAAGUCUGAGUGCUUAGCCCUGCUGGGACGCUACCCAGAGGCUCAGUCUGUGGCCAGCGACAUUCUACGGAUGGACGCCACCAACGCAGACGCGCUGUACGUGCGCGGUCUGUGUCUGUACUACGAGGACUGCAUUGACAAAGCGGUCCAGUUCUUCGUUCAGGCCCUACGAAUGGCGCCGGACCACGAGAAAGCCCGGCUUGCUUGCAGAAACGCCAAGGCGCUGAAGGCCAAGAAGGAGGAAGGCAACAAGGCCUUCAAAGAGGGCGCCUUUGACGCGGCCUAUAAUCUUUACUCUGAAGCCCUCACAAUAGACCCCAAUAACAUCAAGACUAACGCCAAGCUCUUCUGUAACCGAGCCACUGUUGGCUCCAAGCUGAAGAAAGUAGAUCAGGCCAUAGAAGACUGCACAAAGGCCAUUCACCUAGAUGGCAGCUACAUUAAGGCCUACUUACGGAGAGCACAGUGCUACUUGGACACAGAGCAGUAUGAAGAGGCGGUUCGGGACUACGAGAAGGUUUAUCAGACGGAGAAGACAAAAGAGCACAAGCAGCUGCUGAAACACGCUCAGAUGGAGCUGAAGAAGAGCAAGAGAAAAGACUACUACAAAGUGCUCGGCGUGGAUAAGAACGCCACGGAGGACGAGAUCAAGAAGGCGUACCGCAAACGGGCGCUCUUGCAUCAUCCCGACCGCCACAGUGGCGCCAGCGCAGAGGUGCAGAAGGAAGAGGAGAAGAAGUUCAAGGAGGUCGGCGAGGCCUUCAGCGUGCUGUCGGACUCCAAGAAGAAGUCUCGCUACGACAGCGGUCAGGACCUGGAGGACGACCACAUGAACAUGGGCGAUUUCGACGCCAACAACAUUUUCAAAGCAUUCUUUGGCGGUCCAGGAGGUUUCAGUUUUGAAGGUCGACCGACUCAGACUGAAGGAUGGCAUAGAAUGUAGUCAAAUUUCAAAAUAAAAGACCCCUCCUUUUCCCAGUCAUCAUGCAGGUUCAUCAAUUUAAAGUGGGGAAAUAACUAUUAGACCUUUGAAGUAGUUGAGAAUGUUACUUUUGUAUCAAUAACUCAGAAGGAUGGCAUUAAAACUGGUUACAUUUCAAAAUAAAACAAGCUUUUUACCCAGUUUUUUAUUUAAAAAAAACUAGGAACAUUUUCCCCACGGAAGUUCAUCUUUACAGAAACUGAAACUUUUUUUUUUUUUCUAAAACUAAAAAAAGUGCAGUGGAACUUUGAUUUAUGAACUUAACAAAAAACGUGGUUUUAACGGGGUUCAUAAAUCGAAAAGUUUGUAUAGUAAAGCAAAUUUCUCCUUUUUGAAACAAUGUAAACAUGAAUAAUUGGUUCCAGCCUCGACAAAAGUCCAUGUUUUAGUGAAGGUUUGUACACUAUAUAAACUGCCAUACAGUACUGUAUAUCAAACAAGGUGAUAGAUCCACUUUCUCUUUAUAAACAAGCCAAAACCUGUAUGCGCUGCUCUGCCAACACCUGCACACACACACAGAAGUCACUUUGGUGCCCUCACAAACGAUCAGAAAUCACAAAAAUCCUUAACUUCAACAACUGUAUUGCUCCAAUAAUAAACAUGUUAAAAAGUAAAAAUCCACUUACAUUAACAUGGGCAUGGAGCUGAAGAGACUAGAGGAGAGAAAAUGUGUCUUUUCCUCAGCUGUGAAAUAAAUCUGCUCUGGCAUAUUUUUUCCAAAAAAGUCCGGUUUCAUCACAAUUAAAACUUGCUGCAGUACAAAGCCUGCUUAGUCGAUUCUUCCAUACUUGUGAGCGCCAUUAUUGAACUCGCAAAUAGUCUUUUUUUAAACUCCACAGUGAUUCUCUCCUUCUUUCCACGCUGGUCUGUUGCCUUUUGGGACUCAUAUUGAGUUAGCAAAGUGAACAAAACUUGUCAGAAGGGUAAAAACACACGCUGAGAAGUAACUAGUAGUGUGCUGCGCAGCAAGUGACUCCGCCUCCCAACAAUACUGCGCCCUGCUUUUUGCCUGCAGGCGCGACACAACAUGAAUGACUGAUUAAAGCGUUCUUACGCAGAGACAUGGUUGGUAUGUUUGGCUCCAUCUGAAAGUUCAUGAAUCAAAAAGGUUGCAAAUAGAGGGGUUUGUAAAUCGAGGUUCCACAGUAACUUAAACCACACAUACAAUCUCGUCACAUUUCAAAAUAAAACACCCAGCCUCCUCGUACUGAUAGCAAUAUAUUAUAGGUGUCCUAAUAAGCACUGAAAUGUUGGAAAUGGAUGCAGAACAGUCCCUGUAACAUAACAUCUGUAGUAAACUAGGAGGAAAAAUGUUUCUUGUGCUUUAUUUUGAAAUAUUACU